UACAUCCCCUCACGGCGCCCGCGCCGCAUCGCUUCCACACGUGCGCGUGCGUCACCAGCUUCUUCUUUUCUCUCUGCCUACGCUCGACUGCAAGUCCGUUCGUCGUCGCCGCCUCGACCGAGGAGGGGAGCGCCGAGAGGACCCGUUUCCCGACCGACUGUCCGAUGCGGAUUCGCGGCGGCUCAAAGAGGGAGGCCAUCGAGCGCCUCCGAGCUCUGCGCGAACGCACUUUAUCUCGCGAAGCGACGCCUUUUCGGCGUCGCGCGGUAACAUCAAGCACACAUAAUGAAAAGCGUAGCGCCCGGUCUGGCGAGGGGCGCGCUUCUGUUCUGCAUCGAGGUCCGUCUGCUCAACAGGCCGAAUUUUCCAGGUACUGCAAGUUGGCCAACCCUCUUCUGAGCGAGAUCGAGUUGGGAGACCAGCUGCCCAAGGUGCAAGAUUUUGUUGAUUUGGACCGGGACGCCUGGAACCUCGACGACCUCGCUCCGUUCGUCAUAGACAGCCUGUCUUCUGUCUCCGUUCGGAAAGCCGGAGGGGGGGUUGGCGGCGUUGGGUCCCCGCUGGCCAUCGUCGUGGUUCGGUCUGCCGUGAGGGCGCUCGAAGUUUGUAGGCGCCUUCGUGCUUUGGGUUCUCGGUGGCGCGUUGCCAAGCUGUUCGCGAAACACAAAAAAAUCGAAGAACAGAUUGGAUUUUUGCAGAGGCACCGUUGCGAAAUUGCCGUCGGGACUCCCGCGCGCAUGGCCGAGCUGGCCGGGCGCGGCUACCUGAGGUUCGACGAGUUGCGCCUCCUGGCGGUGGACAUGGACCGAGACGUUAAGGGGAUGAGCGUUCUGGAUUUGUUUGACACCAGGCGAGCGUUUUUCGAGCUGUACGGGGAUUUCGUCUGCCCGCUAGUCAAGGGCGGUCGAGUAAAGGUUUGUAUGUUUUAAAGGCGAGACGCGUCGCGAAGAAGAGAC